UUUAUUUCAAAAAAAAAAACUUGUAUAAUUUGGUCAGAUUUUGUGGCGUUCCAGCCAUGAUUAUUCACAUUGGAAAUCUACCCUUAUUAUGUAUAUAAAAAAAUAUAUCUUGUCAUGUAUAUAUAGGCUAGUUUUUAGACACUCAAAUAUACUUCAGGUAGUCUUUUAUACAAAAGAAAGAGGCAAAAAGGAAAAAAAAAAAAAAAAAAAAAAGAUAUGGAGAAUAUUAAUAAGGGAAUUAUAUGUGUAACUGGUGGAACAGGUUAUGUAGCAUCAUGGUUAAUAAUGAGGCUCCUUCAAUCAGGCUAUUUUGUCAAUACCACUAUUAAUAAUAAUUUGGAUCAAGGAGCAAGUAAUUUCUUGAUGAAAUUACCAAAUGCGUCCCAAAAACUCAAAAUUUUCAACACAAAUCCUGAGAAUUGUGAAAGCUUUUAUCCAGCAAUUGAAGGAUGCAAUGGUGUCAUUAUUGGUCAUUCGGUCGAUUUCGAAGAUAAAUACGAUGAGGAACCGAAAAUUGAGCGAUCCAUCGAGGGUAUUUUAGAGAUUUUGAAGGCAUGUUUGGAGACGAAAACCAUAGAACGUGUUGUAUAUACUUCGAGUGAUGCUACCCUUUGUUUUAAUAAAGAGUGGCCUGAUGUAGUAGAUGAAAGUUGGUGGAGUGAUGUGGAUUUUAUCAGAAAGCUGGGACCUUCGGGGCCUUUUUACUGUAUAAGUAAGAGGUUCAUCGAGAAAGCAGCGUUAGAUUUUGCAGGCAAAAAUGGUUUGGAUUUUGUGUGUGUGAAUCAUGCUUGGGUUUUCGGUCCUUUUGUUACUCCUCAAUGUCCUCUACUUGUUUCUCGACACCUGCCUAUGAUUCUGAAAGGUAAUUGGACGAAUAUUGAGUAUGAUUCUGGCGUUAUCCCAUUCGUACACGUGGAUGAUGUAGCUCGAGCUCAUAUAUUCCUUUUGGAAUGUCCAAAAGUUAAAGGCAGGUACAUUUGUUCGCGUGUAGAGUUAACUGCACAUGAAUUGUCUCAGUUUUUAAGAGCUACAUAUCCUCAAUACAAAAUUCCAACUUUUGACUGUUUGAAGGUCGCGACGAAACCAUUCAAAUUUCCUCGUCUUUCUUCUAAGAAACUAUUGGACGCUGGAUUCAAAUACGAGUACGAUCUUGAAGAUAUGUAUGAUGGAGCAAUUGCUUCAUGCAAACAAGUUGGUCUACUCUAGAAACAUUCACUAUUAAAUAAAACUGAAAAAAAAAAAUAAACAAAGUUUGUAGCUAUUAUUGAUGAUAAAUUUGGGAGAAACUAUCAAGAAAAUACGUUAGCGGUGACGUAUUUUUCAGUUCACAUCAAUAAUAUGUGCUGGCAAGUUAAAAUAAAUAAUGUACUUUUCAUCAUUUUGUCAUUUAUCUCAGACUUCACUCGUGAAACCAUACUAAGUUGCUAUCAUUAUUUUA